UUUGCUUUUAUUUUUAUCCCAAUUAACCGAUAAGAUAAGAUGCAAUUUCAUAAACAAUCAGGAAGUCUAUUUUUCAAACCCUCUUCUGGGCUCUGGUUAGUUCUCAUUCGUAACACUGUGCUACUUGAGUUUUUCUCAAAGGCCAAAGCUUUAUUCCAUCUACUGCUGCAGUGCUGAGAUCUUUCUUGCAUCCAGAAUUGCCAAACAUAGCCGAAGAAGAAGGAAGAAAACAGAAAAUAAACCGAAACACCAAACUACAAAACCUUAACUUAGUCAUGGCAUCUGCCCUACACUCACAACUAACACCCUUCAUAAACCGCCUUUGUCUCUCCUCCCCAAGCUCAAAAUCGCCCUCAUUUCCCACUACCACAAUCUACUGUGGGCCUAGAGGCAACCGUGGCCCACUAGUAAAAGGCCGAGUUCUCAGCACAGAAGCAAUCCAAGCUGUCCAGGCCCUAAAACGAGCCCAAAGAUCAACCACCACAAAUAUCAUCGAUGAAACUGUCAGUAAAAAGACCCUCUCACGUCUCAUCAAAUCUGAUCUCGUCGCUACUCUACGAGAGCUCCUACGGCAAGGCCAUUGUGACCUCGCCCUUGUAGUGUUCUCCACUGUCCGAUCAGAACCCUGGUACAAGACUGAUUUAUCAAUUUACGCUGAUUUGGUUUUGGCGUUGGAUAAGAAGGGUGAGAUGGAAGAUGAUAUUGAUCAUCUGAUUGAACAGCUAGAGAUGGAAAUUGAUGGUGGUGGAGUGAUUGAUUGGGAUGAUAAGAAAGGGUUGAGUAGGUUGGUGAAAGCGUUAAUUGGUGCUGAGAGAAGGGAAUCAACAGUCAGGAUUUAUAAGGUGAUGAAGAAAGGUGGGUGGGGAUGUAGAGGAUCAGGGGUGGAGGUUGAUGAGUAUGUGGCUAAGGUUUUGAGUAAAGGGUUGAGGAGAUUUGGGGAGAGUGUUUGGGCUGAAGAAGUUGAGCUGGCUCUUGACUGGUAUUUGAAAGCUUGUUUGGGGAGAGUUAGUUUUUAGACUUUAGUUUAACUAUUGUACUUGCUCAAUAUAAAUUAUGAAUUUCAACAAUUUUGCUAGAUUUAAGGGAUAACUUAGGGCUGAUUUGUCAUCAUACUAAUGACUAUGGAUAUAAGGAAUUAAGGAUAUGCAUUGUUGUUUCCCCUCGAGCUAUUUUUUGUUACUCUGUUAGCGAGGAGGAUAAAGUAGGUUAAACCUCCUCAACCCUUAAACUAACAGACUCUCGGCCUAGGCUCAUUUAGCCUUGAGAAGUUGGCAACUGUGACAACAAUGUUAUAGGCAAUGGAGUGGGGAUCAAUCGAGAAGGAUAACGACAUACAUUGUAAGCGCUCAAGCAGGAUCCAUGGACAAAAAAAGGUAUUGAUGACUGUGACUUGGAGAGGGCCAUAGGUUUUGGAAGCCAUGAGAAGGAAGACAUUACAAUACAAUACAAUACAAGGAGUUAGAUUUGUGGAACUGAAUGUUUUGUAGGUUGAAUGAUGCGUCUUACAAACUGGACUGGCAGUAUCCUUUCAUACAAAAAGCUUUGGCACUGCAUGAUGGGCAGCAGCAAUUUAAAUUUAUGAAGGGGAUUGAUAUGUCGAAAUCCAAUAUUCCAAUCUUCUUGCACAGUUGCAUUAUGUACAAUGCGGAUUUGCUAAACACAAAAAGCUCGCUGUUGAGAGCUUUGUGGGUGCACCUCCAGUAGAGCUAAAGAAUGUGCUUAGCUGAAGGAUGAUGUGCAGUGUCUAUUCAAGUUUAUAAGCUUUAUUAUGGUGAAUAUUUUCAAUAUUUUGAAGUAGAAUACUACUUAUUAUAAAAGUUUGCCUAUAUCCUGUUUUGUAACUGUAUUAUGGGGGUAUCUUUGAGUUUGGGAUUUAUCAGGGUGUAUCUUUGGGCUAUUUUGGGGUUCUGAUAUGUUGCAACUAUAUAUCAUUCAUUUCUGUAAAGCAGUAAAGGUAUUGAUAUCAGAUGAAAGUUACUAAGCUUACUCCAUUUUGGAAUAUGUUUUUGGAACUAACCUUUAUUAUUCUGUAAUUGAGGUUUGAAGAUUGUUGAUGUAUGAAACUAUCUUUGAGACUUUCUCUUA